AUGGAAUACUGCUUAGGCUCUGUCGCAGAUAUAAUUGAAGUACAUAAAUUGCCUCUUAAAGAAGUUGAGAUCGCAUGCGUUGUUUCUGAGGUGUUGUGUGGACUCAUAUAUUUGCACAGGGAAAACAGAAUACAUCGUGAUAUCAAAGCAGCUAAUAUUCUACUCACUGAAGGUGGCGGUGUUAAGAUUGGCGAUUUUGGCUCCGCCAGUUUUCUUAGUCCUGCAAAUAGCUUUGUUGGUACUCCAUUCUGGAUAGCUCCCGAAGUUAUUUUAGCGAUGGAACAUGGCCUUUAUGAUUCACGUGUCGACAUAUGGUCCUUAGGAAUUACUUGCAUUGAAAUGGCCGAACUAGAGCCACCGUAUUUUUCCGCCACAAAUCCCAUGGCGGCUCUCUAUCAAAUCGCUUCAAACGACGCCCCUCAACUUACAAAUGGAGAUUGGUCGGAAACCUUUAGAUCAUUUGUUCGAUUUGUUUUAGUUAAAGAUAUGAAUGAACGUCCAACUGCCAUACAGGCUUGUAAACACGCCUUCUGCGUCAAUGCUUCUGAAUCUUCCGUGUCUGUAUUGCUUGAGUUGAUACAAAGAACAAAGGCAGCUGUCGCUGCUCAAGAAAGCCAAAUGAGUCAAAAGUUGAAAAAGAUUCUCUAUGAAAGUGAUCUCAGCCAAUCUCAGACUGCUCUUUCUACUUGUUUAGAGGAGUCUGAAUCCCUCGAUCCAGUUGACACCACUGAAUCUGCCGUAUUUAUUCGCGGCGAUGGUAGGAAUCGCUAUGCUGCCUUGGUUGACAAUGGCCAAGAUAGACGAGUGUCUACCAGCGGAGCAGGGUCAAGCUUAGGCCUGGGGGGUCUAGGAACAGCUAUGGUAGUCGCUGGCGUCGGCAAGCAGGUUCAUAUAGGUCGCCAUUCACGAGCUUCAUCUCUCUCUAGACAACUAAAGUCAACUCAUACACAGCAUAAUCAGCGAAAGGAUCCUGGUCCAGAGCCAGGUCGCCAGCACAGCUCUUCAAAGUGGAACCAAUCCCCCCAGCUUAAUCAUGAACCUGAUUACUUUGAGGUAUUUUUCAAGCUCUUAAAAUUAUUAUCUUUUAAGCUUAUUAAUUUUUCCAUAUUAUUGCCGGCUUCUAAAUGA